GCACUUCGGGAGGGUGCGCAUCGGAAAACCUAAUUUUGUAGCGCUGCUCCAGACGAACGGCGGGCAGAGUUUCAUCAUCCAUCGAUCGAUCGAUCGGUGUUGUCGUCGUCGGUCGUUGCAAAUCGUCGUUUGCGACAUCAGCGCACAUUAGGGGCCGAAAACUGCACGCCUGCUCCUAUCAGCGCUACUGGCAUAGUGUUGACGGAUUGAGCCGGGCAUAGCAAAGGGUUAAGAAAGCUUUACCCAGGAGUCACUGGGAACGGUGUGCGAAGGAGAUAGCAAGGAGAGAGAGAGAGAGAGAGAGAGAGAGAUCGAAAGGAAGCGAUACAUGAUUGCAAGCACUUGCAACGUGUCGUGGUGUAGUAUCUCAUCUUCGGAAAGCAAACUCACAAAAACUAUCCAUUAGCGUGCCCUAUCUCCCGUGUGCUGUUAAUAGUGGUGUAGUAAUUUGAUAGUGUACCUGCAGUUUCGGCAGGCAACCCCCCAUCAGUUCCGAGUGAUUGUGGCAAUCGGUUGUGCAAAGUGUGUCUCCUUUCCUUUCUCCCUGGCUCUAUAUUUUGUGCCAUUCACGCGAUUUAACCACAAUUCAGAAGAUUCUACGGCAAAGAUGAACCUGUUCCAAGCAGUCGCCUGUAUCUGGCUCGUGGUACAACAGCUUUGCGCACUGCUGACAGCCGGCGAACACUUGGUCGAGUUCGUGUCAAAUUACCAACAGAAUGCUGAGAUUGAUUACUCCUUUCGGUACUACAUCGAUCAUCCUCCUUCCGGGGUGUCGUUCGAUCACUGGGAGAAUCGGAAAGGUGAUCACGUCCACGGUGGGUACGGUGUCCUUGAGCCGGGAGGAUUCGUUCGUACCGUGCACUACGAGGUCGAGGGUGACAGUGGCUUCAGGACGGUCAUUAAAACAACAGCUCCAGGAAGCUCUCAACAGUACAACAUACACACCGGCGGUCGAAGGACACCACCUCCACAACCGCUUUGGAACACUAAACCGGUUGCCUUCGUGCAGGGAGGUCAUAAAUCGUAGUCCUGCCCAAGCCCUUGCGAUGCGACAAAACGUCCGUGUACUUCGGAUAGUGGUCCAGAAAAUUGAUGUGCACGCGAUCCGAACAUCCCUUUCCGUGGUGUCUGAAAGUUGCAUAACAUAAGACAGGGAACGAAUAUUAUAGAUUCACCAGCAAACCAACAACACCUGGUGAGCCUGCCGAAUGAGGCCGUCUCGCGUGACAUCAGCCAAUAGGUGAUAAGUUUAUGUGUGUUAUGUUUUCGUGUGAAUAAAUUAGACGUUGCUACCAAUGCUUCUUCCUAACGGAAA